AUGGGGAAGAAUUCUGUUACUCCCUAUCAAGUAGAAAAUUUUCCCAAAGUUCAUCGCCUAUCUGGAUUUCUUGAUGGUAUUGUUGUGGCUCCUACUGAUUCAAAUAAUGGUGAUUCUAAGGAAUGGGAAGCUAUAGAUACAACAAUCUUGAAGCUCAUUGCUGCUAGUCUUUCUGAUGAUGCUUUCUCUGAGAUGAUCAAUUGUCAAUCUGCUACAGAAGCGUGGACCACAUUGACGGAUCGAUACACUUCGAUCUCUGAGCGAGGGAGAGAGAGAAUCAGAGUUAGAACCACUGUGGUUAGCCAGAUUGGUGUGUUUAAUUAUGAGUGUUUGUGUAAAUCAUGUCCGAAGACUCCAAACACUGCUGGAUUCGCGUUCAAUAAUAGAAUAUCGAAUUAA